ACUGAGAGGACAACGUCGACGGGAUGAUCUUCUCCCUCAACCGCCAGGCCCCAGCCGCCAAGCCUCAACUCGAUUGCAAUGCUGACCUUGCUUGUGUCACUCGCCCUCACGGUUCUCGACAUAGCGUUGACCUUGGUGGCAACGCUGGCCACACGGGCAAUAGACUAUGUAACCCGAAGCACCACCCACCCGCGCUCUUCGAGCUCAGGUCAAGACACGACGCUGUCCGCGUGUAGCUACCGUCUUGACAGCACGAGUCCUUUGACCGUGACGCUGCCCGGCUAUCGUAUCCUCAGCUACGCUCAGUUCGGAUCAAGAUCGCCAACGGCCAGGACAAUCUUCUUCCUCCACGGCUGGCCCGGCUCUCGCAUCGAAGCCACCUACCUCCACGAAGCAGCCCAGGCCAACAACGUCCGCAUCAUCGCCCCUGACCGGCCUGGGAUCGGCCAAUCCACCCCCGACCCGAAUCGUACGCUCCUUUCCCAUGCUGACGAUAUCGACUCGCUCGCUCAGCACCUCGGCGCGGACCACUACGGCGUGCUCGGCGUCUCGGGCGGCGGCCCGUAUGCCCUGGCCUGCGCCAGAGCUCUGCCCGCCGACAAGCUCAGGGUCGUGGGCAUCGUGUGCGGCCUGGGUCCUGCCGACAUUGGAUACUGGGGCAUGUACAUGACGAACUACCUGGGCUGGACGUAUGCAUCGCGCUACACCCCGCGCUUCCUCGGAUGGUGGUUCAACCGCGAACCGACCGCGCGACUGGACCUAAGCCGGCGAGAGCGCAUGGACCGGCUGAUCAAGGGCUUCGACCGGUCGCAGGCGAGCCUGCCGCCCAAAGACGCCAGGAUCUUUGGCGACGCAGACGUGAUGAAGGUGCAGAUACGAACCGGAGAGGAGGUGAACGCACAGGGCGGCGGCACACAGUCCUGGCUGGUGCAGGACAUGAGGCUGCUUGCAUCAGACCCCAAGUUCGACGUGGCGGACAUUCGCAAGGACUUGAGGGUGAUGCUGCUGUAUGGGGAGGCGGACCGGAACGUGCCAUGCAGGCAUGGCGAGGAGAUUGCGAGGAGGUUGCGUCGUCGGAGAGGGGAGGCAGACGAGAGAGUGACGUUGACGGUGAAGGAGCAUGAGACGCAUGCGAGCAUCUUCUUUGACUACAGAGAUGAGAUUUUACGGGACAUGGCGGCGGCGAUGUAACGUGUAAGUGAGCCAACCCGCUGGGAUCGCGUGCAUGUAGGAUAGUCAUGAUGUCUUUGGAAGAGGUCAUUGGUGUAUAUAAUCGC